AUGUCGAAGUGGUGUCUGGAUGAACUUGUGCAGAUCAUGGAGUGCAAGAAGACAUUUAAACAGAUUGUUCUGCCGAUUUUUUAUGAUGUUGAUCCAUCUGAUGUGAGGGCGCAAAAAGGGAGAGUUGCAGAAGCAUUUGCCAAGCAUGAAGAACAUUUUGGAAAGAGUUCAGACGGCAAGGUGGAGAAGUGGAGAGCAGCUUUUACUGAGGUUGCUAAUUUGUCUGGUUGGGACUUGAAGAAGGUGUACAACGGAGAUGAAGUGAAGUUAAUUGCUAAAAUCAUUGAGGAAGUUGGAAAUGUAAUAGAUCUUGAACAUCUAAGUGUUGCAGACCACCCGGUUGGACUAGAGGAUCGUGUGCAGAAACUCAGAAUGUUGUUGCGCAUGGAGUCAAAUGAUAAUGAUGUCCUUGUUGUUGCACUACAACCAAUCCUCUCUGCCCAGUACCCACCUCCCUCACUACCGCCACUACCACCAACUACAUUUCCUUUCCCAUCACCCAUGAUGAUCAUGGCAAAUGAAGCAUCUGCACACACUUAG